UCCACCCAUUCCCCAGCCAGAGGACAGGCCCGCCGCUCUCCAUGGUACUGCGGAGAGCUCAGCUCCGCCCUUCUCUUUCAGAAGGACAGCACCCGGCGUCACGUAACCCAGCCUUCUCGGGCUCCACCACCGCCUCUUCCUUCCUAGCUUUUCCCCUCUCCUCCUGCUCCUCUUCUUCACCCGCCCCUCCCCAGCUCCUGCUCCCCUCCGUUGCAUGUUCUCCCCCUCCUGCACUCCUGGAGAUAGACGCUCAAGCCUGGCGCCUCUGAAACGGCAGCAGCAGUCGCCUUAUCCUUAGACCUCAGGAAAUUCGCUUUGACCGAUGCAUGCUUCAGGCUCUGGCUCGAACUAAAGGGAAUAACCGGGCAGAUUUCUGAAUCCAUGUAAAAAGAAAAUAUCAAAAUGCAUCAACACACAGCCAACUGAUACUUGGCGUCUUAGCCUGGCCUUGCAGAGAACAAAGAAAGGGGAGCUAUUGUGAUGCUCACAUCUUACCACCUUCUGGGUUUGAGUCCUACUGUUGAGGAGGUUUCAAAGCAAUCAAAUCCAGCCUGGAAGGCCACUCACACGAUUUCAGUGUCAGCUGCUGUGGUGCUGGAAGUCCAUGCAGCAAGCCUUUGAAGCUACUUUGGGGUUAAUAAGUGGUGUCCUCAAGAGGCAAGGAAGCCCUCCCUCCAUCCUGUUCUACUGAGACGUUGCGUCUGGAGGAGAAACACCCGAGGCAUUCAGAGCGUCUGAGGAUACUGAUCAAUGCAGGCUUCUUGUGAUUCCCUGAGAAGGGCGUCUGCUUCUGACUUCCCCUGAUGUUUUCCCUUUAGCUGGUACCACUGGUGGCUCCUGGCAGAUGAGGCUGUUUAACAAGUGAGGCAUCUGUUUGCCCGCGGAUGCCCUUCAACUAGUUCGUCGGACUCAGAUGGAUCAGUGAUGUCCUUGAUCUCCUGCUGACACCUUGACUGGCACGGUGCCCCACGAGUGUAUCUUCCCCUUGGUCUGGAAGUUCCAGGGCUGCCCUGGACCACUGGGCUCACCCUUUUCUAGUUGGAAGAGGGCUGUCAGGGAGAAGGAGGGUUGCUGGAAGAAGAAGAAGAAGAAGAAGAAAAAAUCUAGACCAAGGAGGGAGCCUCGUCCCACUCGGUGACGGCGCUUCCCCUCCUGUGACCGCCUAUUUCUUCACCACGGUGUCCAGGACCAUUUUGACCCUGUCGGCCCCGGCCUGCCCGCGCCGCACCCCAGCCCCGAGCAUGGGGACGGCGCUUCUCCAGCGCGGGGGCUGCUUUCUGCUGUGCCUCUCGCUGCUGCUGCUCGGCUGCUGGGCCGAACUGGGCAGCGGCCUGGAGUUCCCAGGGGCCGAGGGUCAGUGGACGCGCUUCCCCAAGUGGAACGCCUGCUGUGAGAGCGAGAUGAGCUUCCAGCUCAAGACGCGCAGCGCCCGAGGCCUGGUGCUCUACUUCGACGACGAGGGCUUCUGCGACUUCCUUGAGCUCAUCCUGACGCGAGGCGGCCGCCUACAGCUCAGCUUCUCCAUCUUUUGCGCCGAGCCCGCCACACUGCUGACCGACACUCCAGUCAACGAUGGCGCCUGGCACAACGUGCGCAUCCGCCGCCAGUUCCGCAACACGACCCUCUUCAUCGACCAGGUGGAGGCCAAGUGGGUGGAGGUCAAAUCCAAACGCCGGGACAUGACGGUGUUCAGCGGCCUCUUCGUCGGGGGACUGCCCCCGGAACUGCGCGCCGCGGCGCUCAAGCUCACCCUGGCCUCGGUGAGGGAGCGGGAGCCCUUUAAAGGGUGGAUCCGUGACGUCAGGGUCAACUCCUCGCAGGCCGCGCCCGUGGACAGCGGCGAGGUGAGGCUGGACGACGAGCCGCCCAGCAGCGGCGGCGGGAGCCCGUGCGAGGCGGGCGAGGAGGGCGAGGGCGGCGUGUGCCUCAACGGAGGCGUGUGCUCCGUGGUGGACGACCAGGCCGUGUGUGACUGUUCGCGGACCGGCUUCCGAGGCAAGGACUGCAGCCAAGAAGACAACAAUGUGGAAGGUCUGGCGCACCUGAUGAUGGGCGACCAAGGUAAAAGUAAAGGUAAAGAAGAAUACAUUGCCACUUUCAAAGGAUCUGAAUACUUCUGCUACGACCUGUCUCAGAACCCGAUUCAAAGCAGCAGCGAUGAAAUAACUCUGUCCUUUAAGACCCUUCAGAGGAAUGGACUGAUGCUUCACACUGGGAAAUCAGCCGAUUAUGUCAAUCUUGCGCUGAAAAAUGGAGCUGUCUCUCUGGUCAUUAAUUUGGGAUCAGGGGCCUUUGAAGCACUAGUGGAACCCGUGAAUGGAAAGUUUAAUGAUAAUGCCUGGCAUGAUGUGAAAGUCACCAGGAAUCUGCGUCAGCACUCAGGCAUUGGACACGCUAUGGUGACAAUAUCAGUGGAUGGGAUUCUUACCACAACCGGCUACACGCAAGAAGAUUAUACCAUGCUGGGGUCUGAUGACUUUUUCUAUGUUGGAGGCAGUCCCAGCACAGCCGACCUGCCAGGGUCACCAGUCAGUAACAACUUUAUGGGCUGUCUCAAAGAGGUUGUAUAUAAAAAUAAUGAUGUACGGCUGGAAUUGUCUCGACUUGCCAAACAAGGAGAUCCUAAGAUGAAGAUCCAUGGAGUGGUGGCAUUUAAAUGUGAGAAUGUUGCUACUUUAGAUCCAAUCACCUUUGAAACCCCAGAGUCUUUCAUCUCUUUGCCUAAAUGGAAUGCAAAGAAAACAGGGUCCAUAUCGUUUGAUUUUCGCACAACAGAGCCAAAUGGUCUCAUCCUGUUUAGUCAUGGCAAGCCAAGACAUCAGAAAGAUGCCAAGCACCCACAGAUGAUAAAAGUUGACUUUUUUGCUAUCGAGAUGCUGGAUGGUCACCUCUACCUCCUCCUGGACAUGGGGUCAGGUACAAUAAAGAUAAAAGCCCUGCAGAAGAAAGUGAACGACGGAGAAUGGUAUCACGUGGACUUCCAGAGAGAUGGACGAUCAGGUACCAUUUCUGUCAACACUCUGCGCACGCCCUACACUGCCCCUGGGGAGAGUGAGAUUCUGGACCUGGAUGAUGAGCUGUACCUGGGGGGCUUGCCAGAGAACAAGGCUGGCCUUGUCUUCCCCACCGAAGUAUGGACUGCUCUGCUCAAUUACGGCUACGUGGGCUGCAUCAGAGAUUUGUUCAUUGAUGGCCAGAGCAAGGACAUCCGACAAAUGGCUGAAGUUCAAAGUACUGCUGGAGUGAAGCCUUCCUGCUCGAGGGAAACAGCAAAACCGUGCCUUAGCAACCCUUGCAAAAAUAACGGCAUGUGCAGGGAUGGGUGGAACAGAUAUGUCUGUGAUUGUUCCGGAACAGGUUAUCUUGGCAGAUCCUGUGAGAGAGAGGCAACAGUCUUGAGCUAUGAUGGGAGCAUGUUCAUGAAAAUCCAGCUCCCAGUGGUGAUGCACACAGAGGCGGAGGACGUGUCCUUGAGGUUCCGGUCUCAGCGUGCCUAUGGCAUCCUGAUGGCGACCACUUCCAGAGACUCGGCCGACACUCUGCGCCUGGAGCUGGAUGCAGGCCGCGUGAAACUGACGGUCAAUCUAGAUUGUAUCAGGAUUAACUGUAAUUCCAGCAAAGGUCCUGAGACCCUUUUUGCCGGCUAUAACCUCAAUGAUAAUGAAUGGCACACAGUGCGAGUGGUUCGUCGAGGAAAAAGUUUGAAGUUGACAGUGGAUGACCAACAGGCCAUGACAGGUCAAAUGGCAGGUGACCAUACAAGACUGGAGUUCCAUAACAUAGAGACUGGGAUCAUCACAGAACGAAGAUAUCUUUCUUCUGUUCCCUCCAACUUCAUUGGACACCUGCAGAGCCUGACAUUUAAUGGAAUGGCAUACAUAGACCUGUGUAAAAAUGGUGAUAUAGAUUAUUGUGAGCUCAAUGCCAGAUUUGGCUUCAGGAACAUCAUAGCAGACCCUGUCACCUUCAAGACCAAAUCAAGCUAUGUUGCCUUAGCUACAUUGCAAGCCUACACUUCUAUGCAUCUCUUUUUCCAGUUCAAGACAACAUCCCUAGAUGGACUAAUUCUGUAUAACAGUGGGGAUGGAAAUGACUUCAUUGUGGUUGAAUUAGUGAAAGGGUACCUGCAUUAUGUGUUUGACCUGGGAAAUGGUGCUAACCUCAUCAAAGGGAGCUCAAAUAAACCGCUCAACGACAAUCAGUGGCACAACGUGAUGAUUUCGCGGGACACCAACAAUCUCCACACUGUCAAGAUUGACACAAAAAUCACAACGCAGAUCACCGCGGGGGCCAGGAAUUUAGACCUCAAGAGUGACUUGUACAUAGGAGGAGUGGCUAAGGAAACAUACAAAUCCUUGCCAAAACUCGUCCAUGCCAAGGAAGGCUUUCAAGGCUGCCUGGCCUCAGUUGAUUUAAAUGGACGGCUUCCAGACCUCAUUUCAGACGCGAUCCUCUGCAAUGGACAAAUUGAGAGAGGAUGUGAAGGGCCGAGCACAACCUGCCAAGAGGACUCAUGUUCCAAUCAGGGUGUGUGCUUGCAGCAGUGGGAUGGUUUCAGCUGUGACUGCAGCAUGACUUCCUUCAGCGGGCCUCUCUGCAAUGACCCUGGGACAACGUAUAUCUUUAGCAAAGGUGGUGGACAAAUCACUUAUAAGUGGCCUCCUAACGACAGACCCAGUACACGCGCAGACCGACUUGCCAUUGGUUUUAGCACUGUUCAGAAAGAAGCUGUAUUGGUUCGAGUGGACAGUUCUUCAGGCCUGGGUGACUACCUAGAACUGCAUAUACACCAAGGAAAAAUUGGAGUUAAGUUUAAUGUUGGGACAGAUGACAUCGCCAUUGAAGAGUCUAAUGCAAUCAUUAAUGAUGGGAAAUACCAUGUGGUCCGUUUCACAAGAAGUGGUGGCAAUGCCACGUUACAGGUGGACAGCUGGCCAGUGAUUGAGCGCUAUCCUGCAGGAAACAAUGAUAACGAGCGCCUGGCGAUUGCUAGACAGCGAAUUCCAUAUCGACUUGGUCGAGUAGUUGAUGAAUGGCUACUCGACAAAGGGCGUCAGCUCACAAUCUUCAAUAGCCAAGCAACCAUAAUAAUUGGCGGGAAAGAGCAGGGCCAGCCCUUCCAGGGCCAGCUCUCUGGGCUUUACUACAAUGGCUUGAAAGUUCUGAAUAUGGCAGCCGAAAACGAUGCCAACAUCGCCAUAGUGGGGAAUGUGAGACUGGUUGGUGAAGUGCCUUCCUCUAUGACAACUGAGUCUACAGCCACUGCCAUGCAGUCAGAGAUGUCCACAUCAAUUAUGGAGACCACCACGACCCUGGCUACCAGCACAGCCAGAAGAGGAAAGCCCCCUACGAAAGAGCCGAUUAGCCAGACCACAGAUGACAUCCUCGUGGCCUCAGCAGAAUGUCCCAGCGAUGAUGAGGACAUUGACCCCUGUGAGCCGAGCUCAGGUGGGUUAGCCAACCCAACCCGGGCAGGUGGGAGAGAGCCAUACCCAGGCUCGGCGGAAGUGAUUCGGGAGUCAAGCAGUACGACAGGCAUGGUCGUUGGGAUCGUAGCUGCUGCCGCCCUAUGCAUCCUCAUCCUCCUCUAUGCCAUGUACAAGUACAGAAACCGAGAUGAAGGCUCCUACCACGUGGACGAGAGUCGAAACUACAUCAGUAACUCCGCACAGUCCAACGGGGCUGUCGUAAAGGAGAAACAGCCCAGCAGUGCGAAAAGCGCCAACAAAAACAAGAAAAACAAGGAUAAAGAGUAUUAUGUCUGAUCCCGAGAUCUUAGAAGGACACGUGUAUAGAAAUAGUCGUCAUUUUAUCUGAGACAUAAUAUAAACUUAUUUACUUUCCUUUUUACGAAGCACAUACAAAAGAAGACAGGGAAUGCAAUCAGGAAGGAAAGACUGUUUUUAAAAAAACAAACAAGUAUCUCAUGCUCUUGUUUCUCAAAAAAAGAAAAAAACAAAAAAACAGGGGCCAAUCAAUUCCCUAACAUCCACAGUGUUUUCAUCCACUCUGCCUGUCUUUAUGUUGCUGGAACAUUUCUAAAAGACAGUGAUGACCGCACGCAUUCAUAAAGCAAAGGAGUAUUACAACAUCAAGGCACAACACAAAAACGACACAAAACAUAACACUAAAAAAGAAGCUACCUACGAUCCUGGAUUUAGCCAAAGUGCUAGCGCUUUCCUGAGAAGUCAGUCCGAUUGCUGAUAAGACUGUCCCUUCCGAGUGACUCAACGCUGCAAACCUCGGAGUUUGCCGCCUGGUGCAACUGUAGCAGUGGUGGGAACUUGCUGGAAAUGAAGUACUGGCUUUUUGGAAGACUUGUGUAGGAACACAUUCAAAAAGCCCCUUUCUGGUUGUUGGGAGGAAAGGAAACAAUUAUGGAGGCCUUAUUUUCAAAGAUGUGAAACAUAAGGCAGAUUUUCACACUAAAAUUUCAAAAUGCAAAUGAGGGCAUAGAGGCAAUCAUUGGAAAUUUUCAUGCACGCUUACUAUGUUAUUACAUAUGUUUAUAUAAAAUCCAUCUCUGUGUGCUUUCUGGACUGUGAUAAGUGAUGUUUUAUAGCCUGUUGUAUAGAAAAACGCAAAAUAUAUCUCUGCUCUUCGGCCAUUUUUGGAAAAUUCAACGUUCUAAGUGUUGCUAAGUAUAGGGAGUUUCAUGACAUCAGAGGAACAAUUAUUUCAGUUGAUUUUUUUUUGCCACCAUUAUAAAUUGCCACAAUUACUUAAUUUUUUAAAGAAUACAGUGUAGUGUUUAUUCUAAGGAAGAUAUGUAUGAAUGUAUAUAAAAAAGACUCAGCUGCUUUUUUUUUUUCAUGUACAGCCUUCAUUCUGUUGCAGUUAAGUUUUAGUAUUUGUACGGAAGGUGUGAAUUAGAAAGUAAAAUAUAUACAUAUGUAUCUUAUAAUCUUUUCUCCCCCAGAUACUCAUAUUUGCACACCAAACAGUUAUAUUGCAUUACACACACACACACACACACACACACACACACACAGGAAGCCAAAAUACAGAAUGGAGACCCAAAUGUGCAUUUGAUAGUAACCAUUUCCUGACAAAUUGAAAAACAGAAAGGAAGACAGUUGUGCCAAGGUAUUGAUGACAAAUGGGGUGAUUUGCUUCACUGAGAUCUUGUUCCCAGGAUGCCCUGAGAAAAUUUUAGUCCCUAAUGAAAUGGAACCUUUGUCUACCAAAUAAAAUAUCACUGUAUACUGCUGCAUGAAUAUGAAUUAUUAUGUGAGCAGGUUACAGAAAUUGGUUAACCUAUACCUUAACUCUGGCUGCUGCAAUUAAAAACUUUAUUUCCAAUAAAGUAAUAUAUACA